AUCUCAAAGAUGAUGGCUACCGACUCAAGAAGUGGACCCCCUCUCUGGUAUAAGAACUUCAAACCUCUUUCAAUGGGGGCCAACCCAUCCAAGAUAACAUCAUCAUCGUACAUGAAGCCCUUCAUCACUUCAAAAACCAUAAAAUUGGGUAGAAGGAGAGACAUGAUGCUCAAACUGGAUAUAAAAAGGCAUAUUACAUGGUUGACUUAUACUAUUUAGAAACUCUUCAUAAGAUUCUUACGCACUAAUGCCAUAAGGGAAAUUCUAUGUGCCCCGAAAUUAGAAGGGGGAUUGGUAUUCCGAAGCUUUAGAGAUUUCAACCUAGCCCUGUUGGCCAAACAAGCUAGGCGAUUGCUUACUAACCCGAAUUCCAUCUGGUGGCAUCUUCUGAAAUGACUUUAAUCCUCGGGAGGCAACUUCCUGUCGGCUGAAAAAGGAAACAAACCGUCAUGGAUCUGGACAAGCCUCUGGGAGGCAAAGAAAGUCAUUAAUUUAAGAGUAACAGGUUCUGGGGAUGAUACAUGGAUUGAUCAAGAUCCUUUGAUACCUUUCCUUCCUAAUAUAAGCAAGGAGAGUGGAUCUCAGGAACAGGUAAAAGCCAAAGAAUGGAUUGAACCUAGGGAAAGAAGAUGGAAUACUCACCUCUUUUAGGGUCACGUCUCGAAUUCUGAACUAGAAGCUAUACUGAGGUUUCCUAUUGGGGAGAGAACUCAUAAGACUUUUGGGCUUGGAAACUUACAAAAUACUAAGGAAACACCUUUUUAGUCAAGACGGCUUACCACGAUCUACAUAUGGCCACCUUUAACUCCCAACCCAUGGGAGACACUGACAAAUGGAAGUGGAUUUGGAGCUUAGACCUUCAUCCUAAACUCAUUUUCUUCAUUUAGAAGUGCUCUAGAAAUGGUCAGCUGGCAAUGAAGGAGAGUCUCCUCCAUAGAAAAUGCUCCCCUAACUCGACUUGACCAGUUUACCAAAACCCUAAUGAGUCCCUCCACCAUGGUGUCUUCGCGUGUGGUCAUGCGAGUACCUCCCGAAACACCAUUUUUCAUCCCCUCUCCCUUCUCAUGCUACUACUUUCGUCGACUUGUUAUGCUCACUCAAAGAUGCUACCAUAGCAACUUCCCUAAUUCAUAUCAUAUUCAUAUGCUGGAAUAUCUAGAAGGUGAGAAAUGAAUGUGUUUUCAAGAAUCGGGCACCUUGUCACCCAAUGAUUGUAUGCAAGCCUAUAUGGACUUCAUUGAGUGGACGAUUUGCCGGAUGUUACCCCACCACGACUCUCAUCCUUCUCGCCCUAGGGGACCCCAUUCGCUUACUUUCCCACUGCCAGGUAAUCACACUUUGGUUUUUCACUAUGAUGGUCGUUCAUAAACGACUCCCAACCGAUGACAUAUGACGUAGUGGCUCUUAACCAUCAUGGACAAGAGUGUGAUGGGCGAGCUAAUACCCUCCUUUGUUCCACCUCGAUUGAAGCAGGAACGAUAACCCAUUUGGAGGGCAUUAAAUUAGCACGCGAAUAUGAUUAUGUGUUUGUGGUUCAAUCAAAGUGUCAAUUAUUAGUCAAAGCACUCUCCUAAUAAUUCCCAAGUUGCCAUGGUGGGGAGCAGGCUGGAACUCUGGAUAGGAUCUAUGGUCUCAAUCCUGAGAAUGAACCUUCAAAUCAAGGUCAAGGCAGUGUCAAAUAAGUUGAAUGUUAGAACUGAUUGGAUUGCUACUAGAUCGUCUCUGGUUAAUAUUCUAACUCUAAUUUCUUUAUUCUUAUAAAAAGAUAAUCUUGUUUCUUUCUCUUUCGUUGGUAGAAUAAAAUUUUCACAUUAUCUUAGCUCAUAUUUCCUCUCAGUGUCCAUUUCAUAAACCGCCAAUGGCUAGAUGAGAUGAUCCUCCAGAUUCUAUUGGUAUGCACUUGCUAAAUGCUAAACGCCGCUUUGACUUUGGAUUAAUAAAAUGGAGUGAGCUCACGGUCAAAAUAAAAACAAAAGUCCUUUCUAAUUUCUGAAUUAUUUUAUACCCAUUGGUGGUACAUGGCUCUAGGUGCCGGUUUUCUGUCUCGGUCCUCCGUGGAAAUAGGCCAUUGCUUGCAGCUGCUUCGGCGCCAGCCGAUGCACAGUCUGCUGCAUUAUUAUUACACGCCAGACGCCACUAACCUUGUACACUAGAGUAGAGUCUUUCUUUGUACCAAAAAAAAAUAAUAAUAAAGAGUAACAGAAAAGUAACAACAAUUUUUCGAGAUACGAGAUCCGGUGAUGCUCAUCAGCAGAUUUCUCCUGACAAAGAUGUGACACAUCAUCCAUUUAGGUACACGACGUCAUUUACUUGCAACUCACGCAGGAUUCUUCCUUUGACCGUUAAUAACCAAACAGUCAACGCUGCGACCAUCGUUUUGUGUUAACGGCUUUUCAUUCUUCUUCUAUCCGUUAGGUUUUCAGGACUACCGGGCUUAAACUAGAAAUGGGCCAGAGCCAGGCCGAGGAGGAAGGACGAAUCUUUUCUACUGGAUCCGUUGAUUCGGCCCACUUUCAAUCACUUUUUUUUGGUUGCCUUUUGAAUUUCAAGCAGCAAAUGCUUUCCACUACCUGCUCUUCGAACCAACGGAGGCGGAACCCGAAAGAACAAAGCGAAAAUCCCACCGGCGCGGCGGCGGGCGGCAAUGUCUCUUUCUGCACUGAGUUCGGUUUCUCCCGUCGGAGCAAAUCUCUGCUCCAGCUCCCGGAAACCCCACCUGGUCGCGGCGCAGUCAAGAAAUCGGCGGCAUGUGUGGCGCCGGAGGAAGUUGACAAAGGAGGAUGAUAUGCUGCGAGUGAAACUGGGGAGAGUUCCAUUCCUAGAGGAGCAAGUGAGGAAGAUCAGAGAAAACGGGAAGAUGCUGUCGUUCGACAUAGAGUGGCUGAUGAAGAACGAAGACAACAAGUACGAGUUCGUCAACGAGGUCGCGGCGGAGGCGACGGAGUACAUCGAGCGGAACAGAGAUGACUAUGGCGGGAACAAGAAAGCCAUCCUUCACGUGCUAAGCAACCGGAUGAACGAUGCCGGGUUUUACCGGCCGGAGGCUUACGAGGUUUCUGAUCCUUUCAGGCCUGGACCUGAUUACUUGAAGGAAGAGUUCACCUGAUCAAAGACGCAAUGUUUCGUCCCCACUUCUGUGUGUUUGUUGCAGUAGCAGAGUCAGAGUGGUAGAUGAUGUAUCCCAGGGGGGAAAAAGGCACUUUCUUAGUAGCAGCUGCACAACUCUGUUGAUUUGCAAUGAUUUAUUAUGCGU